AAGAUGACAGUUUGGUGGCUUUUGCUGGCUCUCAGCAGCCUGAGUUUCUCUGCUGGUUUCCCAAAAUCCAAUAAAUACGAUGGUUACAAAUUAUACGAGGUCUCUGGAAAAGCUCGUUCGGGGGCAUUUGCAGAGACAUUCUCCGAGUUGGUCAAGAACGCGUAUUACUACCAGCUAUUCUCGGACUAUAAAGGUGGCAGUUCAGCCAAGCUGAUGGUCCAUCCGGACGAACAGAUUAACUUCGUUAAGCUGAUGGAAGAGAAUAAUGUGGACUAUGACAUUCUCAAUCGGAAUGUGGGCCUCACUCUGAGUCGGCAAUUCGAAACGAAUCGCAUGUUGCGCGAGAGCGUUCCGUACAAUGGAAGGUUGGGCACGGAGAGAUACUACACCCAUGAUGAAAUCAACCAGUAUUUGGAAGAUCUGGCUAAGUCAUAUCCUCGACUGGUUUUCCUCAAAACUGUUGGCAAGAGUUACGAGGGACGUUGGCUGAAAACCAUCACCAUAACCAAUGGAGAUGCUAGGCGUAACAAGAACGUGAUCCUCGUUGAUGGCGGUUUCCAUGCUCGCGAGUGGAUCUCUCCAGCAGCUGCGAUCCAUCUAAUCAAUGAGCUUGUGGAGAAUCUCGAGGAUAAUGCAGAUCUUCUCCUGGACUUCGAUUGGGUUAUUCUACCCGUGGUUAAUCCCGAUGGUUAUGAGUACACUCAGCUGUCAGCGGAUACUCGACUAUGGCGGAAGACUAGGAAGCCCAGCAGCGCCGAUUGCAUCGGAACCGAUCCCAACCGGAAUUUCGAUUUCCAUUGGAAUGAGGAGGGUGCUUCGGAGGAUCCUUGUGAUAAUACCUAUGCCGGAGCGAAGGCUUUCUCGGAACCAGAGGCUUUAGUGGUUAGCGAUCUUAUCCAUAGCUAUGUGGAUCGUGGACAAAUGUACUUGACUCUGCAUUCCUAUGGCUCACUUAUUUUGUACCCUUGGGGUUGGACAGCAGCUGUUCCUGACACUGAAGAGGACCUGCAUGAGGUAGCUGCCGAAGGUCAGAAGGCAAUUCAGGAGGCCACAGGCACUAUUUAUAAGAUUGGACCAUCAACGACCACUAUCAAUUAUGCAGCUGCUGGGGCUAGUGAUGAUUAUGCCUUUAAUGCAGGUUUCCCAAUUUCUUUCACCAUGGAAUUACCUUUUGGUGGCGAAGGAUUUGAUCCCCCGGCCUCGGACAUCGAUCAUUUAGUGAAGGAGACCUGGGUGGGCAUUGCUGCCAUGGCACGAAAAGUAAUACAAAAGUAUCCCCUUGUUCAAAAGUAAAUAUUUUUUUAAAAUUUUUCUAAAUUUGAGCAUUAUGAUUAAACUGAUACAAGCAUUUUUGUAAAGAAA